ACUGCAUCCGCCGCGGCGUCUCCAUGGCACGGCCCUGGCCUCCGACUUCAACGACUUCAUAAGGAGACGUUUCUGGGCGCAGCCGUGUCGCUCCUGGACAGUUGCUGUGCGACUUGGACAGUAGAGGAGCGCCUCCCAAGUUUUCAUCCAACUGCCACCCCUAAAGCUUCCACCCUCCUCCCCUCAGAGAGGACGUUUGAUGCCGGGCCCCUGAGAUUCUCAUUGACAAGCCCCUCUGGGUCCCCCUGAGCAGUGCCUGCUGACCCAUUUGCCCACCUUUGCGGCUUUGAUGCCUAACCAUGUCUGCCUCAUCCUCAGGCGGCUCCCCCAGGUUUCCAUCGUGCGGGAAGAACGGAGUAACAAGUCUCACGCAGAAAAAGGUCUUGAGGACACCUUGUGGCGCACCCAGUGUGACUGUGACGAAGCGAAGCAUGAAGGACCGCUCUUCAACGCCCCCCUUACAUGUUCAUGUGGAUGAGAACACUCCUGUCCACGUCCACAUAAAAAAACUCCCGAAACCAUCAGCGACCAGCGGCCAGAAAUCUCAUAAGCGCGGAAUGAAAGGGGACACCGUGAAUGUGCGGCGGAGUGUCCGGGUGAAAACCAAGGUACCUUGGAUGCCCCCUGGAAAAUCAUCCGCCCGGCAUGUGGGAUGCAAGUGGGAGAAUCCACCUCAUUGUCUGGAGAUCACGCCACCAUCUUCAGAAAAGCUGGUCUCGGUGAUGCGGUUAAGUGACCUCUCUACAGAAGAUGAUGACUCGGGUCACUGUAAAAUGAACCGUUAUGAUAAGAAGAUUGACAGUCUAAUGAACGCGGUUGGUUGUCUCAAGUCUGAGGUCAAGAUGCAGAAGGGUGAGCGCCAGAUGGCCAAGAGGUUCCUGGAGGAGCGCAAGGAAGAGCUGGAGGAGGUGGCCCACGAGCUGGCCGAGACCGAGCAUGAGAACACGGUGCUGAGACACAACAUCGAGCGCAUCAAGGAGGAGAAGGACUUCACCGUGCUUCAGAAGAAACACCUCCAGCAGGAGAAGGAGUGCCUCAUGUCCAAGCUGGUAGAAGCUGAAAUGGAUGGGGCUGCUGCUGCCAAGCAAGUCAUGGCCUUGAAGGAUACUAUCGGGAAGCUGAAGACGGAGAAACAAAUGACCUGCACGGACAUCAACACCCUAACGAGGCAGAAGGAACUUCUCCUGCAGAAGCUGAGCACAUUUGAAGAGACCAACCGCACCCUCCGAGACCUGCUGAGGGAACAGCACUGUAAAGAGGAUUCGGAAAAGCUGAUGGAGCAACAAGGAGCACUACUCAAACGGCUGGCGGAGGCGGACUCAGAGAAAGCGCGCCUGCUGUUACUCCUGCAAGACAAAGACAAGGAGGUAGAAGAGCUACUCCAGGAAAUACAAUGUGAGAAGGCUCAAGCAAAGACAGCGUCCGAGCUUUCUAAAUCCAUGGAGUCCAUGCGUGGGCAUUUGCAGGCACAGCUCCGGUGCAAAGAGGCAGAGAACAGUCGCCUGUGCAUGCAGAUCAAGAACCUGGAGCGCAGUGGGAACCAGCACAAGGCAGAAGUGGAGGCCAUCAUGGAGCAGUUGAAGGAAUUAAAGCAAAAGGGAGACCGAGACAAAGAAACCUUAAAGAAGGCCAUCCGAGCCCAGAAGGAACGAGCUGAGAAGAGUGAGGAGUAUGCUGAGCAGCUGCACGUGCAACUUGCUGACAAGGAUCUUUAUGUCGCUGAAGCUUUAUCCACUCUGGAAUCAUGGAGGAGCCGCUAUAAUCAAGUUGUGAAAGACAAGGGAGACCUCGAGCUGGAAAUUAUCGUCCUGAACGACCGGGUGACAGAUCUCGUAAACCAACAACAAACGUUGGAGGAGAAGAUGCGGGAAGAUCGGGACAGCCUGGUGGAGAGAUUACACCGGCAGACAGCCGAGUAUUCCGCGUUCAAGCUAGAGAACGAGAGGCUGAAGGCUAGCUUCGCCCCGAUGGAGGACAAGCUCAAUCAGGCGCACAUCGAGGUACAGCAGCUGAAGGCGUCAGUUAAGAACUAUGAAGGGAUGAUUGACAACUAUAAGAGUCAGGUGAUGAAGACCAGAUUGGAGGCUGAUGAAGUGGCUGCCCAGCUGGAACGCUGUGACAAAGAGAACAAGAUCCUUAAAGAUGAGAUGAACAAAGAGAUUGAAGCGGCCCGUAGGCAGUUCCAGUCCCAGCUGGCUGACCUGCAGCAGCUGCCCGACAUCCUCAAGAUCACGGAGGCUAAGCUGGCAGAGUGCCAAGACCAGCUGCAGGGCUAUGAGAGGAAGAACAUUGACCUCACAGCCAUCAUAUCAGAUCUGCGCAGCCGGAUCGAACAUCAGGGGGACAAGCUGGAGAUGGCAAGAGAGAAACAUCAGGCUUCCCAGAAGGAAAAUAAACAGCUGAGUCUGAAGGUGGAUGAACUGGAGAGGAAACUGGAGGCAACCAGCGCCCAGAAUAUCGAGUUCCUACAGGUGAUUGCCAAGAGGGAGGAGGCAAUCCAUCAGUCCCAGCUGCGGCUAGAGGAGAAAACACGGGAGUGUGGGACCCUGGCCAGGCAAUUGGAGAGCGCCGUUGAAGAUGCUAGGAGGCAGGUGGAACAAACCAAGGAGCACGCAGUCUCCAAGGAGCGAGCUGCUCAGAGCAAAAUCCUGGACCUUGAGACCCAGCUGAGCAGGACCAAAACUGAACUCAGCCAGCUGCGGCGGAGCCGGGACGAUGCUGACCGUCGCUACCAGAGCCGGCUCCAGGACCUCAAAGAUCGCCUGGAGCAGUCAGAGAGCACCAAUCGCAGCAUGCAGAACUAUGUCCAGUUCCUCAAGUCAUCCUAUGCCAAUGUGUUCGGGGACAGUCCCUACACUACCUACCUGACCAGCUCUCCCAUCCGCUCCCGAUCUCCUCCUGCCUAAGGCUGCCGGUCUUGGGCCAGGAGCCUGGAUUGAUGCCAUGGGAACCGCAGAGGGGCCAAGCCAUAGCUGGAAAGCCUCUUGCUUUCCUAUCUCUUCCACUGAUGGAAGUGUGUUCAGGCAGGAUCUUGUCUGAGCUACUGGCCCCAGAAAAGUCCCUAAAGCAACGAGGGGGUGGGGUGGGGGGGACAGGAACGACUUAGUUUUCUCUUUCUCCCCUCUGACAGAGUCACCUGAUGGAAAUUAAUUACCUUGACAUGCCAUAAAUCUACUAAUCUUAGGGUACCAGAUUUUAACUCACCAUGACUUUGCUCCUUCCUUCCCAGAGAAAAUGAUCUGGACUUUUUCUUCCAGUUCCCUCACAGCCCUCCUCUUUUGAGGAAUCUCUCCCUUGGGUUUUCUCUUCCCUGAACCAGCAGGCUCUAUUAGCCCAAGGUCCUCACCACCCCUCCUGGGCUGUGAGCAUGUUCAUUUGCUGUUUUCUGUCAUGGGUACGGUGUUUGCCCCAACGUCUCCCUCCCACGCCCGGAGGAAACCUCAUGUUCGAGUGUCCUUGAGGCCACCUGUCCCCAAGCACUUCACAACAGACACUGCAAGGCCCAUGUCCAGUGGCCUCUUCAAAGUGUAAUCCCAAUCUCACUGAUUUUUGUUUCUCUUUGCCAGGUUUCUAUCUAUGGAAUGCAUUUAAUUCUGGAAAUAUGUGUGUUGUUUUACAAGAAGCUUUUAUAAUCAAUA